AUGCAUGAACUCAUUAUAAUGCAGAACAAAAUGAAGCUAUCUUGGUGGCCUUCAGCUCAGCAAAGGCAAUUUCAGAAUCAUGAAAGGAAGACAUUUGGACGUCUUAGGACAAGCUGUUCUCAGACGAUGCUGAUGAACCUGAAGACCCUUGAUUGGGAUCCUGCUACCUUAAAAACCCUUGGAAUCCCUGGUGAAAUUUUGCCUAAAAUUGUUAGUAAUGCCGAGGUCAUAGGAAAUGUUGCUACCGGGUGGCCGAUCAAAGGGGUACAAAUUUCAGGAUGUUUAGGGGAUCAGCACGCAGCAAUGCUAGGACAAGUGUGCCGUAAAGGAGAAGCUAAAAGCACUUAUGGCACAGGUGCUUUCAUACUUCUAAAUACCGGUGACAAAGUAAUUAAGUCAAACCAUGGUCUUCUAAGCACCAUUGCUUACAAGCUUGGCUCCAAGGCUCAAACCAAUUAUGCACUGGAAGGAUCGGUUGCUAUUGCUGGAGCUGCAGUGCAGUGGCUUAGGGACAAUCUUGGGAUUAUUUCUAGUGCUUCGGAUAUAGAGGCUAUGGCAUCACAGGUUGAAAACACGGGUGGCGUUUACUUUGUUCCUGCUUUCAAUGGAUUGUUUGCUCCGUGGUGGCGUGAUAAUGCUCGGGGGAUUGUUAUUGGAAUAACAAGGUACACAACCAAGGCUCACAUAGCUCGUGCUGUACUUGAGAGCAUGUGUUUUCAGGUGAAAGAUGUGGUGGACUCGAUGCAAAAAGAUUAUGGAAACGAUAAAAACGAUGGCGUGCUCAGAGUGGAUGGUGGUGCAACUAUUAACAACUUGCUGAUGCAGACUCAGGCAGAUUUGUCUGCAAUGCCGGUGAUUAGGCCAUCUGACAUAGAGACGACUGCGCGUGGAGCAGCCUUUGCUGCUGGGUUAGCAGCUGGUAUUUGGAAAGAAGAUUUUAUCUUCGAUACGGCGGAAUAGAUGAAGAAAGCUACUACCUUCCGUCCGAUAAUGACCGAGGAAGUGAGGAAGAAGAAGGUGGAGUGCUGGAACAAGCUGUUAAUAGAAGUUUUGACUUGGCUGAUCUUUCAUUUGAAUUAUGAUCUACAUUGGAAAGAAAGUCUUCUUUCAAUUUCAAUUUAAACAAAGUUGUCCUGUUUUUCCUUACCCUUUCUUUUAUAAAUAAUAGAAAUCCCCUGCUAAAUUAGUUAUUACUAAUUUAUAUAUA